UAGUACAGUUGAGUGACAGGUCAAAUGAUUAUUAUUAGUAAUUUGAUGUAUUAGUUAAUUUAAAAUCCGUUCUGAAAACUGAAUACAGUUUUAUUAAAUAGAUACAUUGUAGAUGCAAGAUCCGAUCCCAUAACUGAUCAUUCAGCUUUAACCUUUUGUAAUCUUAUUUAAAAAUUUGUUUCUUCGUUUACUGUUGUUCAAUUUCAGCACGGAAAUGUCUUUUGUUUAUAAUUCUGUCAACACUGUGAUUCGUGCUAAUAGAGGACUUAUUUUCAAAUACCGAUCAGCUGUUAACAAUGCCAAUAUCUCCAAUUUUAAUGUUUGUAAACAUUUUUUUUCAUCAAACUCUGUUGAUGAUACCUUUAAAAUGGCUGUAACCCAAGUUGCUGGCCUCCGCUCUGAACCUGGUAAUGAGGUUAAAUUGAAAUUAUAUGCCUUGUAUAAGCAGGCUACUGUUGGUCCAUGUAAUGCCGAUAAACCAGGUAUGUUUGAUGUGGUCGCUAAGUACAAAUGGGAAGCUUGGAGCAAAUUAGGCAAUAAAAGUAAAGAAGAGUCUAUGGAAGAUUAUAUAAAAUUAGUUGAAAGUUUGAUUAAGUCGAUUGGUUUGGUUGAGAGUGAGGCACAAAAUGAUAAGGAGGCCAAACCAUCAACAUCCUCACCUGAAGGUAUGGUCAUCACGAAUAAACAAGGUGUUUUAACUUUAAGACUAAAUCGACCCGAGAAGAAGAAUGCUCUAUUAACUUCAAUGUAUCAUGAGAUUACCAAAAAUUUCAAUGAUGCGGCCAAAGAUGAUAGUGUCAAGAUGGUUGUCCUGACUGGUACUGGCGAUUACUUUUCAAGCGGCAAUGAUUUGAUUAAAGGUCUUGGUUCAAGUAUCAUUCAUUCAUUUCGUACAUCAUCUAGUCAUAGUGCACCAAAUUUCCAAAUUAAACCUACUGAUGAUAUCGCCAAACUCGCCAAAGAUUCGGCAGGUUUGUUGGAAGACUUUGUCAAUGCCUUCAUAGACUUCCCUAAACCACUGCUAGCUGUUGUAAAUGGCCCUGCUUUCGGAAUUAUGGUCACUACUCUUGCUCUUUGCGAUAAUGUUAUCUGUUCUGAUAAGGCAACAUUCCAAACGCCUUUCUUGUCAACGUCACAAACUCCAGAAGGAUGUUCAACAUACACCUUUCCUCGAAUUAUGGGAACAGCAAAAGCCAAUGCAAUGCUACUUUUUAAUCAAUCAUUGACAGCCCAAGAAGCUCUUCAGUGCGGUUUGGUCUCAAAAGUCAUCCCGCAUGAUCAACUCGAUAGUUAUCUUGAUGGCCUUUUGUAUGGUAAUAAAGGACUGCUUAGUUUCGGAUCGACUAUCACAUGGCGUAUGGGCAAACCUUUAAUUCGAACUGAAGAAGAAAAGCAGAUUAUGAAGAAGAUCAACAGAAUUGAAUGCUUAAAACUCGCAGAAACAUGGCUUUCCCCGGAUUUCACUCAAGCCAUGAUGAAAUUUUUUACUCGAAAAAAGUAAAUACUUUUUAGAAAUUGGAUAAAAUAUUUUUAAAUGUUUUUGUAUCCGAAAAAAUCACAUGUUGUAUUGAACAAUGAGAAUAAUAUUUGUUACAUUAUUUUUAAA